CCUACAUUUUUGCAUACAUAAGAAGUAAUAUUUUCACAAUGCCCCCUGGGGCCAACAAUCUGGGUGAUAAUAGGUUUGCCCUAUUAUCCUCAGCCCAGAAGACUAAAAGAAAAAAGCCUGAACAAUCAACGUUGGAACUAUUUCCGGAACUCCCCAUAACAAAGAAGGAUGACCCCAAAUACCUCGUCAUUAAAUCGCGGGAUGCCAGUAAACCUAUUACAUCCAUCUCCUGCUUCGCGAUUUAUAAAGAAAUGGACGUAGAAGAAACCCGCAAUAACCCCCAGUCGGUGAGGUCCGCAAGUAAUGCAAAUGCAGCAUCCGCUGCACCCAUCGCCGCACCAAGGAGGCAACAAGGCACAAGCCCGCCCAGCCAAUCAUCCGGUCGACCAGUGAGGGAAGCGGUCGAGGAGCAGUUUGAGGAGUAUGUGCCGCCGCGAUGCAGCCUAUGCCAUCGACGCCAUGUCCUGAAGCGGUGUACAAUUUUCAAGGCGAUGACGCCCGCUCAGCGCCAACAGAUCGCUAGAGCCCCCGGCCAUUGCAUGACAUGCUUGGCAGACACGCACGCUACGUUGGAGUGCAUGUCCGACGGGUCGUGUCAGUACUGCCACCGACCGCAUCAUACACUUUUUCACCGAUUUCCUCGACGCUCGGUUCAGUCAACGCACGCCAGUCAGCGGCAUGGUCAACAGCGGCACCAUCAGCAUGGGAAUCAAGUUCAACGCCGACGAGCCCAUCGCUCUACGCCGUCUCGCGGGGCACGUUCGCAGACACCACCACAUCGUAACCAUCGCAACCAGCAAAAGGCGACGGGUUUCAGCGCUGUAGUGAGCACCUUACAGAAACUGCAGCGGCUUCUAGGCAAUUAA